AUGAGCGUACGCAAGGAUGUCCAUUUCGCGACGCAGUUGAUAGAAGAAGACUUCGGACUUGCUGCUCGAAAAGUUUUCGAAGUCGUUUCUCGACGAGAAAACCUAACUCUCGACGACAUAGCGCGCAGCGUAUCCUUCACAAAGCGUCGAUGUGGGCUUAUAUUGUAUACUUUGCUCAAGCACGGCUGUACGACAGCGCGUCACAUUGGAUAUCGGCAGCGAGCACAAAGAAUAGUCACGUACAGUAUUGACCUGAAUCAAACCAUGUGUAGACGACGAUACCCACGGUAUCUGAUCUUUACCAAAUUUAAGUACAGUCAUCAACAUUUCUUAAUUAUUCUCUCCGUAAUACUACAUGGUGCAAUGUCUCGCGACGAAAUUCUUUUCGUGGCGAAUAACGGACGAAGGAAUAGAGGUGCAGUCAAGCUCGAUGUGGUUGACAACACCGCUUUCUUGGCAGCAUUUGAUGAACUCGUGAACGCUGGUUUGCUACAACAGGCUCCUGGGGUGAAGUCGGAUUCCAUACUGCCUCACGAUGCGCAGCUACAUCACACUGACCAAAUUUCUGAAGGGACUCAAGUACCAACAAUUUGGCGAGUGUGUCCAUGUACCUUUGAUGACAGCCUUUACACUGUCAUCACUCCCGAAAUUCCCAUGCAAAUGGACAAACUAGUCGGUGUUAGAGCCAUUCGACGCUCAUCACGUCGAAAACAUGUCGAGGCGGUGAUAAGAGCGCGCUUAGGAGUUCAAGCCCUUCGCAUUUACAGGAUGCUAGGUCAAACACAGUUGGAGCAGAAACAGGUGGCUGAUCUUUCAAUGGUUCCAGUAAAGGAUACACGAGACAUUCUUUACAAACUAUUGAAAUUUGGAUACGUUCAAAUGCAAGAAAUUGCUCGCACGAACGACCAUGCCCCUUCUAGAACGAAUUACUUGUGGCGCGUAGACUGCACUGUAGUCGAUGCGGUCGUCAAACGUGAACUCACUCAGACUUUGACAAACAUUCAUCUCCGUUUACUUUCGCAACUUCAGCUCCAUUGUCGAAUGAUUCAGCCUUCUGAUUCACGUCACUGUCGGAAAGAGGAAGUAUCUCGAGAUGUGCUAGAUAUUUUAGAACUUGGUGCACUGCGUCUUGACGAGCUCCUCCUAGUAUUCAACUAUGCCGUGGAGAGGUAA